UGCUGGCGGCGGCGGCGGCGGCGGCGCGGGGAGCUCGGGCUCCAGACGUGAAGUCCGGUGGAGCGAGCGAGGCAGCGAGGGAGGCAGCGAGAGAGAAGGAAGCGAGGCGGCGGGAGCCCCGCGCCCAGCCGCAGCCCGUGCUCGGCGCACAGCGGGCCCGGGCAUCCCCGGGCGGGUGCCUGCGCGGGGCCUCGCCUUGGCGUGGGGCACCCGCAGUGCCGCCCGCCAGCCCGCCCGAGCGCCAGGCUCGUAGGAGCCCGGUUUUCACUUCCUCUCGCCUCCGCCCGCCUCCCCGGCUCUCCAGCUGGCGUCGCCAACCGCCUCCUCGUCCCAGGCCAUCGCUGUCGCCGCUGCAACCCAGGACGUACACUCUUCCACUUUCCCGCUGGAGGCGCGGAGGAUGUCCCUUGCACCACACCCGGAGAAAUAGACCCCCGGGCCCGCCAGGAAGCGCCUUGGUGGCGAGAAAGAAAAUCCAGUCUCUGCUUUCCUUGAUGCCACUGCAGCAGCUGGCAGCUGGGAAGGUGCCCCCAGAGCGGGCGCACGAAGCGGGACGCGGGAGUCACAGAGACAGAGACCCCAGGCGCCUGCUGGGCUCCGCUGGCAGAGUUUGCAAGUGGCUGAGACCCUCAGGUGACAGCCCUGAGCCCGAAUGCUUGACCGGAUGAAAGCCCGCUAGCUUCUGUUUCUGCCAGGUGGACACGCUGAGCUUGGUCCCCAGCUGGGGAAGAGGCCAGACACGGCCCUCAGUGAAAUAAUCCAGCCCCUAUAGGCCUGAGCAACUGAGAAAGGGCGAGAAGCGAACUCCAGCUGCUGGUGAAGCCUCCCAAAAUCCUCCUCCGAUGGCUAUUUUCAAAGUUCUUUGGGAACGCUGAGACAAAGAACAAGAUGUAGGAAAAUGGGACCAACUGCUGCGUGGCCCGAGCCUCAGAACCCCUGUCAUGGCCCAAAGAAGCUCUCCUUGGCUCCGGGAGGGCUGGUGAACUCUGUCCUCUAUUCUCUUGGCUUCAGCCAGGCAUUGGACUUGCCCUUCUGCUCAGAUCUUGGCAGUCACCUUCACAGACGGAUUAAGACUGAAGACCCCCAGGGGCUCCAUCCCUAAGGGAAGCUUGAGAAGCAGAGCCCUGCCUCCAUUCCCUCCCUGGAUCACACCCCUCAGCCCCCAGCGGAGCCGAAACGAUCCAGUCCGGAAUGAUCCCGCUAUGGCCAAGCUCUGGUUCAAAUUCCAGCGGUACUUCCGCAGGAAACCUGUACGUUUCUUUACCUUCCUGGUGCUCUACCUGACAGCUGGGAGCCUCGUCUUCCUUCACUCUGGUUUUGUGGGUCAGCCUGCUGUCUCCCAGAACCAGGCCAACCCCGCUGCGGGGGCCCCAGUGGAGGGCGCUGAGCUGCCCUUUUUGGGUGACUUAAAUCUGGGCAGAGCCUUCCGGGAUACAGGUGAAACCUCGAGCAUCGCCCGCAGGUAUGGACCCUGGUUCAAGGGCAAGGACGGGAAUGAGAGAGCCAAGCUGGUGGACUACGGGGGAGCCUGGAGCCGGGCCCUCAAGGGGAGGGUCAUUCGGGAGAAGGAGGAGGAGCGAGCUAAGUACAUCGGCUGCUACCUGGAUGACACCCAGAGCCGGGCCCUUCGAGGCGUGUCCUUUUUCGACUACAAAAAGAUGACCGUCUUCCGUUGCCAGGACAACUGUGCAGAACGGGGUUACCUGUAUGCUGGGCUGGAGUUCGGCGCCGAGUGCUACUGUGGCCACAAGAUCCAGGCGACAAACGUGAGCGAGGCGGAGUGUGACAUGGACUGCAAGGGCGAGCGGGGCAGCGUGUGCGGUGGCGCCAACCGCCUCUCCGUCUACCGGCUGCAGCUGGCCCAGGAGUCAGCCCGCAGGUAUGGAAGUGCAGUCUUCCGAGGCUGCUUCCGCAGGCCCGACAACCUCUCCCUGGCCUUGCCCGUGACGGCUGCCAUGCCCAACAUGUCUGUGGACAAGUGUGUGGACCUUUGCACAGAGAAGGAGUACCCACUGGCAGCCCUUGCGGGCACCGCCUGCCACUGUGGCUUCCCCACUACGCGAUUUCCCCUCCACGAGAGAGAGGACGAACAGCUCUGUGCCCAGAAGUGCAGCGCGGAGGAGUUUGAGAGCUGCGGGACACCCAGUUACUUCAUUGUGUAUCAGACGCAGGUCCAAGACAACCGCUGCAUGGACAGAAGGUUCCUUCCAGCCAAGUCCAAGCAGCUCAUCGCUCUGGCCAGCUUCCCAGGUGCCGGCAACACGUGGGCUCGCCACCUCAUCGAGCUGGCCACCGGCUUCUACACCGGCAGCUACUACUUCGACGGUUCUCUCUACAACAAAGGGUUUAAAGGUGAGCGGGACCACUGGCGCAGCGGGAGGACCAUCUGCAUCAAGACGCAUGAGAGUGGCCAGAAGGAGAUCGAGGCCUUCGACGCGGCCAUCCUGCUCAUCCGCAACCCCUACAAGGCCCUCAUGGCGGAGUUCAACCGCAAGUAUGGCGGACACAUCGGCUUCGCUGCCCACGCCCAUUGGAAGGGCAAAGAGUGGCCAGAGUUCGUAAGGAACUACGCCCCGUGGUGGGCCACGCACACACUGGACUGGCUCAAGUUCGGCAAGAAGGUGCUGGUGGUGCACUUUGAGGAUCUGAAGCAGGACCUCUUCGUCCAGCUGGGCCGGAUGGUCGGGCUGCUGGGUGUGGCUGUCAGGGAGGACCGACUGCUGUGUGUGGAGAGCCAGAAGGACGGCAACUUCAAGCGCUCGGGGCUCCGGAAGCUGGAGUACGACCCCUACACGGCGGACAUGCAGAAGACCAUCUCUGCCUACAUCAAGACGGUGGAUGCAGCCCUUAAAGGGAGGAACCUCACGGGCGUUCCCGACGACUACUACCCCAGAUGAUGGGUCGGAGCGGGGCGGGGAGCUGGCAGUCCAGACCGAGCAGGCCCUGGGGACUCCAGACCCCUGGGGGCCCACACCCAUCAGUCCCCUCUUCGAUUUGGGGACAAUCCCCAUGGCUGCUGUUGCCUUUCGCUGAGUUUCCUGCAUGACAGAGGAGGCUCAAGUGAAGAGACUGUGCAGGCACGCCCCGCCUACUCACACCGCGCCCCCAGAGAUGGAGGGGGCAACUGGGUUAGGGAGCUCUAGCCACGUGGACCCUUCUCUGUCUCCCGUGUCCCUGUGCCCACCACUCUGGGCUCCACUUGUGGGAAGGAGAGCUGAUGGGUGUCCCAGAGACAAGGGUGCCCCACCGCAGGUGUUGAGGACCCUGGUGCAAGAGCUAAAGAGAAUGACAUGGAAAAAUGUGGCCCAGACUCUGCUCCGUGCUGAGCUGAGCACUCGUAGCUUCCCCGUCUCUGCCCCGCCCAGGAAGCACUGACGCCAGGGUUUAUCCCAGCCACUUCUGUUUGAAGAAAGAUUGCUGGGAAGUUUCUCUGCGGCCUUAGGUUUCUGACAUUCUGGGUGGGUCAGGGAAGCAAUGGUGCUCAGAACAGGUUAACUGGGGCCACCGCGUGGGGUCACUGACAUCCCAAUCCACCCCCCUACCAGGUCACAGUGCUCCUGAGAAAUGACCCGGUUCCUGUCCACCUCGAGGGCUGGAAUUUUUCCCUUUCUUCCCCAGCUGUAUCCAGGUGGUGGCCCACUUCCAGGGUCCUCAGGAACCAACCAUUAUCUCACCGGGACGGCCACAAGCCACAUGCAGAAUCUGAGCGAGAAUGAGAGCUCUGGUAACACACCUCCCCACCGUGGGGUCCAACACGUUGAUCUGACACUGCCCUUCUGACCCCUACCAGUAGGUCCCUUGCUAUCCAGGAGAGAGAACAAGAGUGCUCCAAAUCAGGUGGAACCCUGAGCGAAAGGGACCCCCACUACCUUCCCAGACCAUAGACCUCCCUUUGGUCAUAGGCCAGCUUCUCUUAGGGGGUUAAGGAACGGGGUGAGUGGGGUGGUGGUUCAUGUCCAUACAAACGCUGCUCUUUUGAUGCUGAGACAUCAAACCAAAGGAUUCCCAAGGACCUGAAUCACUGAUCAUCUAUCUCAGAAAGCAUUGAGAUCAAGGAGCCCAUCUCUCCCCGCCACCUUGGGUACAGUGAUUUCACAUCCAGCCCACAUGUGUGCACCUACACCAUCCCCCCACCAUGUAGGUGCAGAAGCCAUAGGUCACAGCUCUUUGCUAGUCUGUCUGGAGCAGCCCCCCAAGCAGCCACCUCUGAAGCCUUGGGGUGCAAAUAAAUGCUCAUUCCCAGAUAGCCAAGGGACUGUGGAGAAGGCGAGUGUAAAGAGAUAUAUUUUUCUAAGAGGAAUAUGACUAAUACAUUCCACCCCUUUGAACGUGGCCAUGCAAAGAGAAGGGCCAGGGGAUUGGACCUGUGGUUCUCUUCCCUGAGCCCCUCAUCUGUAGGAUUCGGGCCACCCCGGGGCCCAGCCAGGGGGCUCUGAAUGUAUUUUGUACCGUGUUUCUUUCCCCCAGGCAAAUUUCUAGUCUUCUUUCACGAAGCAGUUAGAGGGCUUGGCCUCCCUUCCCUCUUAGAGGUCAGCUCUCUCUGGGAGACUCUGGCCCAAGACCUGGGCCAGUUCUUUGCUGGUGGUCACCUCAGGCCACCAGCCUCUGUCUGAAGAUUCCUCAGGUCAACACCAUCAUUAAAAACAAGUUUUGUUGAUAAUUCUA